AUGGCAGACGCCCCGCCUAUCUCAUUGGAUCAACUGCAAACGCAGCAGGAUGCUGAUGAUGGCCCCGGCUCACAGGAAACCGACAAUCGAGCAAACAUCUUAAUGCUCCACGGCCAUGGCCAAUCCGUAGGGAUCUUCCACCCCAAAACCGGCUUCCUGCAAGACGCCCUAAAUGCGGCUGCAUCGCCGUGCCCGGACCGAGUCCUGCCGCGAUUCACCUUCUACUACUGCGAAGCACCGUUCGAGGUCAGCCCGGAACUGGGGUCCAGGGCGUGGGGCUUCGGGAUGUUUGACACCCAGCCGAUCCAAGGCCUGCAGCGGAGUGUCGAGCUGGUGCUACGGCAACUGGAGCGGAUAAACCCGGUCGUCGGCAUUGUAGGAUUCUCGACCGGAGCAACGCUGGCGAUGGUGAUCGCGGCGUUGUUGGAGAAGAAAGAGAGGUGUGGGCUUUUUGGACUCACCACGUCCCACCCCCCACUCAAGUUCGUCCUCAGCUACAGCGGCUUCAUGCUGGGCCAUCGUGAGUAUAGGGAUCUGUACUACCCGAGGAUCCGCACGCCCGUGCUCCACCACAUUGCGGAACUGGACAUCAUGAUCCCGGCCAGGAUGACCAGGCGGCUUGCGGCGCGGUGCAGCAAGGCCCAGGUGCGGACCUCCUUCGCGACACACCACGUCCCGAGGCAGCCGGAAACAACCAGGGCAGCGGUGGAAUUCGUGGUGCAACUGCGAAAUUUGACUCUGCGCAUCAUUGUCGGCUUGGCUGGAUCCGGAAUGCCACCCUAG